AUGUUGAAGCAAUACAUUAGACCAUUUAGUCAAAGUAGUAAACGAUUGGAGAAGAAGUUGAAUAAAUACUCCUCCAUCGUCACUGAGGAUAAAACUCAAGGGGCUUCACAAGCUAUGUUGUAUGCCACAGGUUUUAAUGAUGAAGAUUUUCAUAAAGCUCAAGUUGGUGUUGGAUCAGUUUGGUGGUCAGGUAAUCCAUGUAAUAUGCAUUUAAUGGAUUUAAAUGAUAAAUGUACCGCUUCUGUUAACAAUGCUGGUUUAAAAGCUAUGCAAUUCAAUUCUAUUGGUGUUUCGGAUGGUAUAACUAAUGGUACUGAAGGUAUGAAAUUUUCAUUACAAUCAAGAGAAAUCAUUGCUGAUUCUUUUGAAACCAUGAUGUUAGCUCAAAUGUAUGAUGGGGGAGUUGCCAUUCCAUCAUGUGACAAAAAUAUGCCAGGUACUUUAAUGGCUAUGGGUAGACACAAUAGACCAUCAAUUAUGGUUUAUGGUGGUACUAUUUUACCAGGUUCAACUACUUGUGGUGCAUCAAAUCCUAACAUGCCAAAGAAAGUUGAUAUUGUUUCAGCUUUCCAAAGUUUAGGUCAAUAUUUAUCUAAUCAAAUUUCUGAAGAAGAAAGAGUUGAUAUUGUUAAAAAUUCAUGUCCUGGACCUGGUGCUUGUGGUGGUAUGUAUACUGCUAACACUAUGGCUUCAGCUGCUGAAGUUUUAGGUAUGUCAUUACCAUAUUCAUCAUCAGCUCCUGCUGUUUCUCCAGAAAAAGCUUAUGAAUGUGAUAACGUUGGUCAAGCUAUUAAGAAUUUAUUAGAAUUAGAUUUAAAACCAAGAGAUAUUAUGACUAAAACUGCUUUUGAAAAUGCUAUUAGAUAUAUUAUCGCUACUGGUGGUUCAACCAAUGCUGUUUUACAUAUCAUUGCUAUUGCCUCAUCAGUUGAUAUCGAUAUUACUAUUGAUGAUUUCCAAAGAAUCAGUAAUGACACUCCAUUGAUUACUGAUUUCAGACCAAGUGGUAAAUAUGUUAUGGCUGAUUUACAUGAAUUUGGUGGUACUCCAGCUAUUAUGAAAUUAUUAUUAGCCGAAGGUUUAAUUGACGGUAAUCAAAUGACCGUUACUGGUAAAACUAUCAAAGAAAACUUGGAUAAAUUACCUGGAUUACCAGAAGGUCAAGAUAUUGUUAGACCAUUAUCUAAUCCUUUGAAACCAAAUGGUCAUUUACAAAUCUUGAAAGGUUCAUUAGCCCCAGAAGGUGCCGUUGCCAAAAUUACUGGUAAAGAAGGUACUUAUUUCAAAGGUAAAGCUAAAGUUUUCAACAAAGAAGAUAACUUCGUUGCUGCUAUUGAAAAUGGAGAAAUUAAGAAAGGUGAAAAAACCGUUUGUGUUAUUAGAUAUGAAGGUCCAAAAGGUGGUCCAGGUAUGCCAGAAAUGUUAAAACCAUCAAGUUUAUUAAUGGGUUAUGGCUUAGGUAAAGAUGCUGCAUUAAUUACCGAUGGUAGAUUUAGUGGAGGAUCUCAUGGUUUCUUAAUUGGUCAUGUUGUUCCAGAAGCUGCUGUUGGUGGACCAAUUGGUUUAGUUGAAGAUGGUGAUGAAAUUGUUAUUGAUGCUGAUAAGAAUACUAUUGAUUUAUUAGUUUCUGAAGAAGUAUUAGCUGAAAGAAGAAAGAGUUGGGUUGCUCCAGAACCAAGAUAUAAAAGAGGUACUUUAAAGAAAUACUAUAGAUUAGUUACUGAUGCCUCCAAAGGUUGUGUUACUGAUUUAUAG